GUAUCAGUCACAUUGUUUAUACUGGUCGAGGCAGCAGAUUAUAAGAGAAGCUUAACACUUUAGCACAAUUAGUUUUAAAAAUGAGCAGCAGUCCUCCUCUUGUGAAUGUGGGAAACUGGAUCACACAGAAUGAGAAUGCCUUUCUGCCACCAGUGUGCAACAAGCUCAUGCAUUUCUCCCAGUUGAUUAUCAUGUUUGUUGGAGGUCCAAAUACAAGGAAGGAUUAUCAUAUUGAGGAAGGAGAGGAGCUCUUCUACCAGGUGAAGGGAGACAUGUGUCUGAAGGUGAUAGAAAACGGGAUUCACAAGGAUGUGAACAUCAAGGAGGGAGAGAUGUUCCUGCUGCCAGCGAGGACCCCCCACUCCCCCCAGAGACAGGCCAACACUGUGGGACUGGUGGUGGAGAGGAGACGUCUGCUGACGGAGAACGACUGCCUGAGGUACUAUGUUGACAACACCACUUAUCCCCUGUUCGAGAAAUGGUUCUACUGUGAGAACCUCGGAACCCAACUGGUGCCAAUCAUCAAAGAGUUCAUGGCAUCAAAGCAGUGCAAAACAGAAAAGCCUGACGCAAAUGAUGUGUUCAGAGACCCUCCAUUCCAGAUGAACACGAUGAAGGUGAUGGCACCCUUCUCCUUCAAAGACUGGCUGAACACCCAGAGGCCGACCCUGGCCAGCGGCAGCCCCAUCGACAUGUUCGGGGAUCAGUUUGAGACCGAGGUGAUAGUGUAUGGACCUGGGCGCAACGAGUCGGCAGUACGGUUAACUGAUGCGUGGGUUUGGCAGAUGGAGGGAUCCUCAAGGGUAACUUUGAAUGAGCAGGAGUUCUUUCUCGCUGCAGGACACAGUUUGCUCAUUCCUGAACAAAGCCAGUACCAGUGGCAGAGAGAUGAAGGGACUGUUGCUCUGUUUGUGGUCCAAAACCCUGAGCGGAAGAGACCCUGAACAUCACACGGCCAUUCACACACACAAUUUCAUUUCAUUUCAAACCUUUAUUUACCCAGGUGUAUCCCAUUGAGAUCAUUGAUCUCUUUUUCAAGGGAGACCUGCUCAAGUAGGUUCCACAUGAAACAUAAAAA